AGAAGAAGACGCGGAGCGUCGGGAAUGCGGAAUGGAAGUGAACACAGAGGAGCGUCGGAGAUUUUAGAAGCUUGAGGUCAGAAAACCAGCCUGAAAGCCACCAAAGGAGAGGAACAUUCCACAAUGGACAUCUGAUCUGGAGACUGAAGAUACCCUGGCUAACCCAGAGUCACCCAAGUCAUCCCACAUUUCCAUAGGUCACUGCUGUUCUACAAUGCAAAGUCCAACGACAAUAAAGGGAAGACUUGCUGUAACUGUUGACCAAAUUGAUAUCCUCCAGAAGAAGGUAAAGCCCUUGCAACAGAAGUCACAUCAACUGAGUAAAAAGGUGACAUCUCUGCAGGAAGUUGUAGACACGCUAAGAAACAAGAACCUUGUUUCUGCCAAUGGAGCAGAGAUGCUUUCUAAGACUUUUUCUGAUGUACCUGCAGAGGUGAUGAAAAGACUCUUAGCAAACAAAGCAAGCGAAAAGCUGAGUUGGAAGUCUUAUCCCCCAGAACUGAAAGCCUUUGCACUCACUCUGCACUUUUAUAGUGCAAAAGCAUACAAGUACGUAAGAAAAUGCUUUGACUUCGCCUUGCCCCACCCAUCUGUUAUCAAGAAGUGGUACUCGGGAGUCAAUGGAGAACCUGGUUUCACAGAGGAGUCAUUUGCUGCUCUGAAGUUAAAGGUGGAGAAAGCCAAGGAGAAGGGAAGCGAAGUUAUCUGUACCCUCAUGAUGGAUGAGAUGGUUAUCAAGAAGCACAUUGAAUGGGACGGUUCAAAAUUUCAUGGGUAUGUGGACAUUGGUGUUGGCAUUUAUGAUGAUACUACUCCACUUGCUCAUGAUGCACUGGUCCUUAUGGUUGUUGCUAUGAAUAGCAAUUGGAAAAUCCCAGUUGGAUAUUUCCUUAUCAAUGGCAUGUCAGGAGAGGAAAAGGCCAACCUUGUCCAGCAGUGCUUAACACGACUUCACGAUGUUGGUGUCAACUGUGUUUCUCUCACUUGUGAUGGUCCAUCAUGUCACCUGGAAAUGCUAGAGGAGCUUGGCGCAACAAUGAAUGUACCAGCUUUGGACCCAAGUUUCACUCACCCUGCUAACCCAAAUCAACGUGUGCAUGUUCUCUUGGACAUUUGCCAUAUGUUGAAAUUGAUUCGCAAUACACUGGCAUCAGGAUGGGUUCUCACAAAUCAUGAAGGGGGCAAAAUAUCUUGGAACUUCAUAAAUGAACUUCACAAGCUGCAAGAAGAAGAAGGGCUACUCCUAGGCAACAAACUCAGACCAGCACAUGUACAGUGGGAGAAACAAAAAAUGAAGGUAAAUCUUGCUGCUCAGGCACUAAGCAGCAGUGUUGCUGAUGCCAUAGAAUUUUGUGACACUGAGUUACAUCUCCAACAGUUCAAGGGAUCUGAAGCUACAGUGGAAUUCAUCAGGUACAUCGACCACCUUUUUGAAAUAAUGAAUUCUCGCAAUCCACUUGCACGAAACUACAAGGCCCCAAUGAGAAAAGAGAAUGAAAGGUUAUGGAGGAAAUUUCUCCAAGAUGCAUACAGCUACCUUUCCAAGUUGACUCAUGGAGAUGGACAGCCACUGUACGAAUCAAGAAGGAAGACUCCAUUCAUUGGAUUUCUUGUAGGCAUCAAGAGCCUGACGGCUCUGUAUGAUGGUCUAGUAGGAUGUGAAGAUCCAAAGCUGAGGUAUCUUUUAACUUACAAGCUUAGUCAGGACCAUCUCGAGCAGUUUUUCUGUAUGGUCAGAUCUGUAGGAGGCACCAGCAACAACCUAACGGCGAGACAGUUCCAGUCUGUCUACAAGAGGCUGCUUAUAAGGCAUGAAAUAGAAGGACAAGGAGGAAACUGGAUUACGCAGGAUAAGACACCUGUCCUCCAUGUGUCCAGUUCUAGACCGCAUCCAGGUACAAACAACACAGAUGAGGAAGACAUGCUUCUCAUCAGAAGGUACGAUCUUGAAGACUGCAAUCCAAGUGCAGAUGAGCAUGACUACAUGGAUGUCCCCAACUUCAUCGAGCUGUCUCCUGUGAUUGAUGCAGCCAUUGGAUACAUCGCAAGCUAUGCAGUUCAGAUGGCAAAACGACGAACCAUCUGCCCUGAAUGUCAAGAAGCAUUGAUAUUUGACAGUAUGGAUGCCGGUGGUGGCCUCUUGAAGAAGAGUCGAGGGGGACUUGUCGAGUCAUCAACUGAUGUAGUCAAGGUGUGCCAGACGGCUGAGCGAUGCAUCCAAAGACUUCUCCAUUCUGUGGACGCUGCUCUUCCUCAGUCAGUAGGCAUUGUGUCUGCUUUAUCCACCACAGUGUUGCAUGACAUCGGAUUCCAGCCAAUAUUCAUGCAGCUUGCUGGCCACAUGUUGGACUGUCCACCUGACCACAACCAUGUCUUCUUUCUCAUCAAGUGUAUUGCUGCAUGCUAUAUCAAGAUUCGGAUGCACCAUCUUGCCAAGCACUUCAAUGAGAAGAUGACUGGAUCCACACUCCGCAAGCACUUGACAGAACUCACCUUGCAUAGAGCUGUUAUAAUGAAGUCAACAGGAGAUGGACAGCGCUUCUCCAGGAAGUUUUGGGGUCCAGAUCCCUCACAGCUGUGUGAGGACAUGAAAAGAGAGACUUCAGAUGGAGAGACAUCCGAAGUGUCAGAAGUACAUGUGAAGAAAGAGGAGAUGCUGGAGCUGAACAUCUACAACCAUGGAGACAACCUCGACAAUCCACCUGAAGGUCUCACCAUUAAAGAGGAAGAUCCUGACAAUAAAGACUACCUCUCAGUAAACAACACUCUGCUGCAAGUCUUUUCCUGCUCCACAUGUCCUCGUUCCUAUGCAUCUCAAAUGUAUCUCCACAAACACAUCCAGAAAUGCCACUACGAAGAGUAUGAAAGACUUCGGGAAUCAGGAGAGAUUAAAUGUAAGCUUCAGAUACCCUCCGAGGGCUCCAGUCGUCAGCCAACAUCAUCUGAUCCUUUCAGUUCUGAAACUUCUCACAAUGAUAUGCAGAAGGAAAUUCACCACUGUUCAGACUGUGGAAAGAGUUUUUGUCAUCAGAAUGCACUCAAAACUCACCAGAGGAUUCACACAAGAGAGAAGCCACAUCACUGCUCACAGUGUGGAAAGAGUUUUAGGACACAAUCUCAUCUCAAACAACACCAGUGGUUUCACACAGGAGAGAAGCCGUAUCACUGCUCACAGUGUGGAAAGAGUUUUACGACACAGAGUAAUCUCCGAUUACACCAGCAUAUUCACACAGGCGAGAAGCCAUAUCACUGCUCACAAUGUGGGAUGCGUUUUACUCGUCGCAGCGAUCACCAGCGACACCAACACAUUCAUACCGGAGAGAAGCCAUAUCACUGCUCACAGUGUGGAAAGAGUUUUACUCAACAGUAUUAUCUCCAACGACACCAGUGGAUUCACACAGCAGAGAAGCCGCAUCACUGCUCACAGUGUGGAAAGAGUUUUACGACACAGAGUCAUCUCCAAGAACACCAGUGGAUUCAUACAGGUGAGAAGCCGUAUCACUGUUCACAGUGUGGAAAGAGUUUUACUCGUCAGAGUUCUCUCCAGUUACACCAGCGCAUUCACACAGGAGAGAGACCGUAUCACUGCUCACAGUGUGGAAAGCGUUUUAUUCGUCAUAUUGAUCUCCAGCGACACCAGCGUAUUCACACAGGAGAGAAACCGUAUCACUGCACACAGUGUGGAAAGAGUUUUACUCAUCAGAGUUCUCUCCAAUUACACCAGCGCAUUCACACAGGAGAGAAGCCGCAUCACUGCUCACAGUGUGGAAGGAGUUUUACGACACAGAGUCAGCUCCAGAGACAUCAGCGGAUUCACACAGGAGAGAGACGGUAUCACUGCUCGUACUCGGUGUCGAGAGAGAGGUUGCUGGAGAUGGUGCAGGCCAGAUCGGUGAACCUAUCCACCACUUUGAGGGUGUGGUUGCUGACGGUGAUAUGGGGAGCUCUGCUGACAUCCUGGCCCAUGAUGUUGGUUGUCUUCAGGCUUAUAGUGAGCCCGAACUUGUUGCAGGCGUCUGCAAAGCAGGUGAUGAGUCGCUGUAGCGCUUCCUCGGUGAGGGCGGCAUCGUCUGCGAAGAGCAUCUCUCUGAUGAGGACCUUCCUCACCUUUGUCUUUGCUCGGAGGCGUGCCAGGUUGAAGAGGCCCCCUGUCACUCCUGGUGUGGAGGAAGAUGCCGUCUUCGGACUGUCGGAAGCUGUAAUGAGUUCAGCAGGAAACAGGCAGCGCUCCUCCAGGAACUCUCGGGCUCCUGAUCCCUCACAGCUGUGUGAGGACAUGAAAACGGAGACAUCCGAAGCAUCAGAAGUCUGUGUGAAGAAAGAGGAGACGCUGGAGCUGAACAUCUACAACCAUGGAGACAACCUUGACAACCCACUUGAAGGUCUCUCUAUUAAAGUGGAAGAUCCUGACAAUAAAGACUACCUCUACUGUGAAGUUUGCAAAUCCUUCUUCCUCAACAAAUGUGAGGUUCAUGGACUGCCCCUCUUCAUCCCAGAUACUCCUGUUCCUAUGGGAGUCCCUGACCGAGCCAGACAAACUCUUCCUCUGGGGCUAGAAAUCCAGAAGUCCAAUAUUCCUGACGCAGGCCUGGGAGUGUUUAAUAAGGGGGAAACUGUUCCAGUAGGUGCACACUUCGGUCCCUACCAGGGAGAGCUGGUAAACCAAGAGGAAGCCAAGAACAGUGGAGACUCCUGGGUAUACAGGAGCAGUGUGAGGUAUGAAAAAUACAUAGAUGCCAAAAGAGACAUGCAUGUGAAUUGGAUGAGGUAUGUGAAUUGUGCCCGUAAUGAUGAAGAACAGAAUCUUGUGGCAUUUCAAUAUCGAGGGGGAAUUGUGUAUCGUUGCUGUCGACCCAUUAACCCAGGACAGGAGCUCUUGGUGUGGUAUGAAGAGGAGUAUGCCAAAGAACUCAGUCCUGCACCUACAGGAACAACCAGACAGCAAGAAGUAAAGAAUGCUCCACUGCAAGUUUUUUCCUGCUCCACAUGUCCUCAUUCCUAUGUAUCUCAAAUUUGCCUCAACAAACACAUCCGGAGAUGCCAUUAUGAAGAGUAUGUGAGACUUCAGGAAUCAAGAGAGAUUAAAUAUGAGCUUCAAAUCCCCUCUGAAGGCUCCAGUUGUCAGUCAGCAUCAACUGAUGCUCCCAGUUCUGACUCUUCUCACAAUGAUAUACAGAAGGAAAUUCAUCACUGCUCAGACUGUGGAAAGAGUUUUGGUCAUCAAAAUGCACUCAAGACACACCAUUGUAGUCACAGAGGAGGAAAGCCACAUUACUGCUCACAGUGUGGAAAGAGUUUUACUCAUCAGAGUAAUCUCCGACGACACCAGCGCAUUCACACAGGAGAGAAGCCGUAUCACUGCUCACAGUGUGGAAAGAGUUUUAAUCGUCAGAGUAGUCUCCAACGACACCAGUGCUGUCACACAGGAGAGAAGCCGUAUCGCUGCUCGCAGUGUGGAAAAAGUUUUACUUAUCAGAGUCGUCUCCAAGUCCACCAGCGCAUACACACAGGAGAGAAGCCGUAUCACUGCUCUCAGUGUGGAAAGAGCUUUACUCGACAGAAUGUUCUCCACCAACACCAGCGCAUUCACACAGGAGAGAAGCCGUAUCACUGCUCGCAGUGUGGAAAGAGUUUUACUUAUCAGAGUCAUCUCCAAGCCCACCAGCGCAAUCACACAGGAGAGAAGCCGUAUUGCUGCUCGCAGUGUGGAAAGAGUUUUACUUAUCAGAGUCGUCUCCAAGUCCACCAGCGCAUUCACACAGGAGAGAAGCCGUAUCACUGCUCCCAGUGUGGAAAGAGGUUUACUCGACAGAGUGUUCUCCAACAACACCAGCGCAUUCACACAGGAGAGAAGCCGUAUCACUGCUCACUGUGUGGAAAGAGUUUUACUCAUCGGACUGGUCUCCAAGUCCACCAACGCAUUCAUACAGGAGAGAAGCCGUAUCACUGCUCCCAGUGUGGAAAGAGUUUUACUCGUCAGAGUCAUCUCCAAGUCCACCAGCACAGGCACGCAGGAAAGAAGCCAUCUCACUGUUCACAGUGUGGGAAGAGUUUUACAACGCAGGGUGCUCUCCACGUUCACCAGCGCAUUCACACAGGAGAGAAGCCGUAUCACUGUUCACAGUGUGGGAAGAGUUUUACGACACUGAGUCAUCUCCAAGAACACCACCGCGUUCACACAGGAGAGAAGCCAUAUCACUGUUCACACUGUGGAAAGUAUUUUACGACGCAGCGUUAUUUCCAAAAACACCAGCGCAUUCACACAGGAGAGAAGCCGUAUCACUGCUCACAGUGUGGGAAGAGGUUUACUUUUUCAGUUUCAUUUAAGACCCACAAGUGCACAAACAUUGCAUGAUUUAAAAUUGUCAAAUUAAAUAUGGUUAUUACUGUUUUGGCUGAAAAUUAUCUGUACUUUGAACUUUAUUGUUCAUAUUAUAUGACUGUUUUAAAAUAUGUAACCUUUAUAGUGAUGUUUAAAACAAGACUAUUGAAGUUUUCUUUUGACCGUAAGUGGUUAUUAAUUACUAUUAUACAACUAAUGAUUUAACUGCAGCACGAGACUAAUUGUUAAUGGAAUGAUUCCUGGAAUUAUUACUGAUCAAGUGUUUAAUGUAUUAUGUUUAACAGAAAUGUGGAUCAAAGCAAAUGAGUAUGAAGCUUGUCCUGCUAUAUGCAUCAGUUUCACCUAACUGGUAGAGAAGGUGGCAUCACACUUAUUUAUAAUGAUAAUCUAGACAUCAUGCAAAAACCUGAGCAAAAAUUUAGUAUAAUUGAAAUUACUAACGUGAAUACUAACGUGUAGCCCAAAAAAAUAAAUCUACUCAGUCAGUUCAGCUAAUUAUUAUUUAUAGACCCAUGGCCUAUAUUUUGAAUUAUUUUGUGAAUUUGCACAUUUUAUGUUAAACUUGGUUAAUUCUUUAAACCAAGAAUUAAUUGUUAGUGACAUUAUCCAUUUUGAUAAUCUGGAAGACUGUCUGAGAACAGCAAUCAUGUCCAUUCUAGAUUCAGUAGGGGUUAAUCAGAAUGUCAUAGGACCAACUUAUAAUGGUGGUCACACUCUUGAUCUAAUACUUGCAUUUGUAUUGUAUUUUCUGUAAAGCUGCUUCGUGAGAAUGCCUGUUGUUAAAAGUGCUAUACAGAUAAACUUGACUAUUAAAUAUAGAAAAUAGUCACACUUCCACAGUCUGAAGCUACCAGAGAUCAUUAGCUCAUCUCAUUUGAAAUGCCUUAGCAAUAAUAUGCACGUUGCCAAGCCAUCGCAUCAAAAGUACAUUCACCUCAACUACUGCAUAAAGUUAUAUCAAUAGUCUCCCAGAGUUAUCAACUUUGAUUAGAUCACCAUCAAACCUUACAGAACUUGAUCAGCCAACUGAAUGCUUAGGAACAACGUUCCACUAUACUUUAGAUAAUGUAGCGCCACUUAAAAGAAAAUUCAGGAGAAAAAAAACUAGCACCCUGAUCUAAUGAUAACACGUGCACCUUAAAUCAUAAAAUUAGAAAAUGGCAUCAAACAAAAUUGACAGUAUUCCAAUUCGCAUGGUAGGAGAGCCUCUUGAACUACAUCGACAAGCUCUUUGUGCUGCUAGAUCAGCAUAUCUCUCCACCCUCAUAGAGGAUACUAAAAAUAAUCCUAAGUUCUUAUGUAACACCUUAGCAAAAUGAAUAGGAAUAAGACCACCACAGAAACAGGCACACCUUCAAUAUGUAGUAGUGACGACUUAAUUUUUUUUCCAAUGGCAAAAUUGAAAAUGAGGCAAAAAAUCAGAAUACUCAUUUAAAGCCAAGCAAUUUGAUAAGUAUCCCUGUAGAGAAUAAUAUAACUACAUCAGAGCAAUAAUUUGUGUUUUACUCCCCUGAGAAGCAACUAUUUCACUUACUUCCUCAACAAAAUCUUCAACUUGUGUACAAGAUCCCUUACCUACAUGAUUCUUCAAACAGAUAACACCAGAAGCAAUCAAACAUUAAAAAAUAAUCAGUUAUUCUUUUAGCAGUGGCUACAUGCCUAAAUCUUUUAAACUAGCAGUUUGUGAGAUCAUUAAUUAAAAAAAACCCUGUCAGCUGUCCAAUUAUAGGCCAACAUCAAACCUCCCUUUUAUCUCCAAGAUCCUAGAAAAAGCUGUGGAACAGCAGUUAUGCUCAUAUUUACAUAGGAGUAACAUCCAUGAAAUGUAUCAGUCAGAAUUUAGACCUCAUCAUAGCACAGUGACCGUGCUGGUUAAAGUAGUAAAUGACCUGCUACUAGUUCCUGAUCAGGCUUGUGUCUCCUUGCUUGUGCUGCUUGACGUUAGUGCAGCUUUUAACACCACUGAUCAUACGAUUCUCCUUGAUAAGCUAAAAAAAAAAUGUCAUAGGACUUAAAGGAACAGUCCUCUACUGGCUCAGAUCUUAUUUAACUGAUCAUUAUCAAUUUAUAUAUGUAAAUGGUGACUUCUCUAUGCAUGCUAAUAUCAAGUUUACUGUACCACAAGGUUCUGUCUUUGGCCCACUGCUUUUUCUUUAUAUAUAUUACUUCUGGGUAAUAUUAUUUGUAAGUAUGCUAAUACUUUCCACUGUUAUGUUGAGGACACAGUUGUAUGUUUCAGCAAAGCCAGAUGAGAGACACCAACUUAAUAAAAUUGAAGAAUGUGUAAAGGACAUUAGACACUGGAUGCUUAUUAACUUCCUUUCUUCUUAAUUCUGACAAAGCAUUCCUAGUACUAGGACCGCGUGCAGCUAGAAGCAAGUUUUA